AUGUGGUUUCUGCUGCAGUUUCUGUCUUGUGACCAGACUCUGACGGAGACUAACAUAAUCCUAUGCCUGACAGGGUUUUCAUAUUUACUUUCACAUAUAUGCAGCAACUUCCCCAUACUGAUUUUUGUUGUUUACUAUGAUCUUGCUUAUUUUGACUCGUCUCUGCCUGCUAAGAUUGCAUCGCUGAAUAUUUUCCCCCAUGAAACAUUACACAUGGCACAUGUCCUGAGUUCUGGAGUACAGGAAAGUUUCUUUCUGUUGUCUUCAUGCAUGAGCUCACCUAGCAGAUGGUGGGAAUUUUAG